AUGGAAAGGCAGGAUAUGGAAGGUAUGGAAAGCAUGGAAUCGAAGUCACUCCUUCAGGAUGUUGGCAACCGUCGAGAAGAAAUGUCUCUCAACAUUGCUGAUGGAUACAUCUUGGUACCGCUGAGGGAGAGACAUAUGUUCUUGCGGUUAGACGUUUGGCCGUUCUUGUUUUGCUAUGCCCUCCUCGUGAUAUUGGAUUUUUCCAAUGAUGCCUUGGAUGGAUCCUUCACUCUUCUAUAUGUUCUGCCUCAAAUGUUUUUCCCUCUCGUCCUAUUGGCGCAUGUGGCACUGUUUUUGCUUUGCCAAUGGGACAUUUUUUGGCGUGCUUCUGUUGGAUAUCAAAGGUUGUCCAUGAAGUCGGGAAAGUCCAGUUGGACACAUUGUCUUGUGGAAGCACCACAUAUCGAUAAGCAUCAUGCUGCUCAUGACGCCGGAAUAGUACAAAUUCGACGCCAGAACAAUGUUGUUGCAUGUCGCUUUCAGGAUGUCAUCUUUCGAUGUGCCAACCAAGAAACUGAUGCUGACAUUACGCUUUGGGAUGUAGGAAGGACUGACGAGAAUUCAGGUCAUGAAGGGAGUACAUUCCACAGAUUGCGCUAUCCCGCUCAUCUACCGCUCUCUUUCUAUCAUCAAUGGACUGGCCAUAGAUCAUUGCAAAAUUUGGUUCAAGCACAACAAGUCUACGGAAAUAAUGUCACUUCUAUUCGGCUUCCUCCCUUUCUUGAAAUGCUACAAGAACAGCUGGUGGCGCCGUUCUUCCUUUUUCAAGUGCUCUGUGUUCUACUUUGGUGCCUCGAUGAAUAUUGGUACUACGCUGUUUUUACCUUUUUUGCCCUUCUAAUGUUUGAAUCGACGGUCGCAUACAACCGACUCAAGUCCCUCGAACGCCUUCGUUCGCACACAAUGCAUGGGCAUGAAAAGAUGAUUUACACAUACAGGCCUGCCUUUCCCCCAGGAGCCACUGGCUGGGUUCGAAUCGGUACGAGCGAAAUUGUUCCAGGUGACAUCAUUAGUUGUCGAGAGGCAACUGCUCGCAGAGGAAGGAAUAUGGCUCACCACCAAAAGCAAUAUCUGAAUCGAGUCCCUGCCGACAUUUUGAUUCUAAGUGGAGACGUAGUCGUGGAUGAAUCUUUAUUGACUGGAGAGUCUGUCCCCCAAUUGAAAACCUCUCUGGAGGAGACGUCCACUGAUCGGAAUUUGGACUUGCAAGAACACAAGCAAUCCAUAUGUUUCGGAGGGACGAAUUUAUUGGUGACGCACGAGGGUGGUGAUACGCGAUUUCCUGCAGCACCAGAUGGAGGCGUGAUUGGCGUCGUAUUGAGGACCGGAUUUGAGACAGCUCAAGGCGGCUUGCUUCGUACCAUGGCCCAUACGCAAAAAUCAGUCGAUGGAAUCCAUACAAGGGACACAUACAUCUUUAUUUUGUUACUUUUAUUAUGCGCAAUACUUAGCGCACAUAUGGUAUGGGAAGAAGGCUGGGCGGAUGAAUCCAGGAAUCGAUUUCGGCUCAUUUUGCACGUGAUUAUGAUCAUUACAAGCGUUGUACCACCAGAGCUGCCAAUGGAGUUGAGUUUGGCAGUCACAAAUAGUGUCACCGAUUUGAUGAAACGAUGCCAUGUUUACUGUACCGAGAUAUUUCGAAUUCCCAUUGCGGGUCAAGUAGAUGUUUGCUGCUUCGAUAAAACCGGGACAUUGACCAGUGAUGAAAUGCAACUUAAAGGAGUUCGUCUUGUCGACAAUGGCAGCUUCCAAGAAGUUAUGAAAACAAACGAAUCAUUGCCUGUGGAGCCAACUUUUAUUAUGGCCGCUUGCCAUACUUUAGCACUUGGUGGUGAUGAAAGCAACAAUGUCAUUGGGGAUCCAUUGGAGAAAGCAAUUAUGUCGACUACAGGGUACAGGCUUGUGAAAAACAAUGAACUGCAACGAGAGGCAGUCUCGGAAAAUCGAGCAAGCAUGAUCCAGAUAGUUCAAAGGUUUAAUUUCACCUCCCGUUUGAAACGAAUGAGUGUGCUGGCAAGAGUGGAUUCAGGUGAUACUGUUUGGGCAUUGACGAAAGGAGCACCAGAAGUUGUGAAGAAACUAUUGAAAGAAGGAACCUGUCCAGACGAAUAUGACAAGGUGUCAAUGUAUCAUAUGGGUAGAGGGCAGCGAGUUUUGGCGAUGGCGUACCGCCAUGUUUCUCUUGGCCAGGACGUUUUGACAUUGAAGGACUUGAAACGGGAUGAUGUGGAGUGCAACCUAAUUUUUGCCGGAUUUCUGUUGCUAGACUGCCCAAUCAAAGGUGAUUCGAAGUCUGUGAUACAAGAAUUACAGUCUUCUGGACACAACGUGAAGAUGAUCACUGGAGAUAGUCUCUGGACUGCCGCAGAAGUUGCUCGGCAAGUUGGCAUAGUACAGAAAAGGAAUGGCUCUUUUCCACAAUUCUUCCAAUUAGAGCGUUGCCAUUCCAAUACAAGCAAUGCAUCGUGCAAACUUGCAUUGGGAAAUUUUCGCUUCGUUUCGAUGAUUCCCGACUCGCUUUGUGGGACUGGGGACAUUGGUGUAUCAGUUGUUGCUUCGGAUCUUGACAGAUUGAAGGAAAUGGUCGAAAGUGGAGACGCAAGCUUGUGUAUAUCUGGUGAUGCCCUACAAGAUUUAAUGAGUGGACUGGUGGGCGGAGACAAGCCAAAUUUUGUUUCAUCUGCAGUUUUAAGGGGAGAAGACAAGCACGCACUGUUUGAUCCAGCAGCGCAAGCCGUCUUAAAGAGCUUGGUUCCGCUGGUUUCAGUUUUCGCUAGGCAUGCCCCUCGGCAGAAGGAAGCUAUUGUGGCUGCUAUCAACCUGGGUGGUUUUAAAACACUCAUGUGUGGCGACGGCACAAAUGAUAUGGCUUCCUUGCGUCGUGCUCAUGUUGGAAUAUCCAUCAUAAGUGCCCCAGGAGUAGAAGCAAAGCAAAGGUCAGCAACGACCAAAAUAUCUUCUGCCCGAGCGAAACAAAACAAGGAAAGAAAGAAAAAAAAUGGAACUGCGAAACUGAAGGCCUCUAAUGCUUCCUUGCAAGAUUCCCUGAACCAGUUGCGUGAGGCGCAGGAAGAGCUGAACAGUGUUGAGCUUGGUGAUGCAUCCAUCGCUAGUCCAUUUACCAGCCGUUCUGUGAGUAUCAAGUGCUGCAAGGAUGUCUUGCAGCAAGGCAGAUGUACCCUCGUCACCAUGUUGCAAAUCUACAAGAUAUUGGGAAUCAAUUGUCUGGUCAAUGCAAUGGUUCUGUCCAAUUUAUUUCUUCAUGGAGUCAAGCAAGGAGAUCGGCAGCUCACAGUCACAGGCCUGGCAGUCGCGGCUUUGUUCCUCUUCGUCACUAGAGGGAAGCCGCUGGACUCGAUCUCGCCAAUUCGACCGCCGGCAUCCGUCCUUUGCCGUUCGGCUCUAACUUCAAUUGCAAUGCAAUUUGGUAUUCAUUUCUGGGCCAUUCGCCUUGCAUCUCAAGUUUCCUUAUCGUUCGUUGAUCCAUACGACCCAAGCAUGAUUCCUGACGGACCUUUCAACCCCAACACGUUGAACACGUCGACAUUUCUUAUGAACUUGCUGGCAACAGUCAAUACAUUUGCUGUCAAUUAUCGUGGAGAACCUUUUGUUGAGCCACUGGAAAAAAACAAGAUGCUUCUGAGAAGCUUACAGACAUGUUAUGCAGUUCUCCUUUGCUGCGCCCUCGAACUGUUCCCACCUUUGAGCGAUUUGCUGCAACUAAGCGAGUACCCAUCAGUAGCAAGUGACGACGCGCAAGAGUGGCAGAAGGACAGCCGUAGCACGGAUCUGAUUCUUUCACUUGCCAAUCGAAUUGUUUCAUCGUUUGGAUUUCCUGCUUUCAUGUGUGGACUUAUGCUCGUGGAUACCUCAUCCACAUUUGCAGUUGAAAAACUCAUUCUUCGUCUUUUUGAGCCCAGUUCACCAUAUUAA